AUGAAAGUAAAGCUCAAGAAAUGCGUGAGAAGCCUAGUCAAAAAUCAUGGUCGACCUUCUCCAGAAACACUUAACACCUAUGAAGAAGUCUUUAACAACAAAGUCACACACCUAAAGUUAGAUAACAGCAUCGACAUAGAUAUGAAGUGGACUACAAUAAAGGACAUUAUUCUCGACACACGAAAAGACAUCCAACAGCAAAACUAUUGUAGUUCAAGAAAGGCGUGGAUAUCAGAAGAAACGUGGAAGGCGAUUAAUGAAAGAAAAGACCUCCUAACCAGAAGAGACUCUGAGAAAGCUCAGUAUAACACCAUAUCAGCGCGGGUUCAAUGCUUAUGCCGUAGAGACUACAACCAAUAUCUGAACUCGAUAUGUGAAGAUAUUGAGGACCAUGCUAGGACUCUGCACACCAAAGACCUGUUUCUACGAGUGAAAAGCAUCACACGAGAGUUUAGACCCAAAACUUGGGCGAUCCAAGAUAGUAAGGGUACACUACUGACGGAGAUUGACCAGAGAAAAUCUUCUCAACUCUCACAAAAUCAACAGUAUCUGACAGCGACUGAUAAUGUUGAAAAUAUUGAUUUCUUGCUACGUUUUGCGCAUAGAAACGCGCCGCAGCGCGCGCAGUUGUCAAAA